ACGUUGGGUACGUUAGUCCAGUGACGAAGUAACAGGUUUUACGUAGUCAUACCAUGCGAACGCUUUUCUAACCCGUCUGCAAUUCUGCAUUUUGGUGGUGGUGAACGAAAGAUUGUAUUACUGUUAUUAGUGGGAGAGAUCUGAGUCAUUCAGUAGUUAGUACAUAGUAGACCUGAUAUCCAUUCAUAUCUACAAAUAUGUUCAUUUGGGACUGGUUCGCAGGAGUUUUGAAUUAUCUUGGGCUUUGGAAAAAGAGUGGUAAGCUCUUGUUUCUUGGUUUAGACAAUGCAGGUAAAACUACAUUGCUUCAUAGGCUCAAAGAUGAUCGACUAGGACAACAUGUGCCUACAUUGCAUCCAACAUCAGAAGAACUGUCUAUUGGGAAUAUGAGGUUCACAACAUUUGACCUUGGAGGGCAUCCUCAAGCACGAAGAGUUUGGAAAGACUAUUUUCCAGCAGUGGAUGCAAUAGUGUUCCUUGUGGAUGCACAUGACAGAUCAAGAUUAGCAGAGUCAAAAGCUGAAUUUGAUGCACUGUUAACAGAUGAACAACUUAGUGCGUGUCCAGUUUUAGUACUAGGUAAUAAAAUUGAUAAACCAGGUGCAGCAUCAGAAGAUGAAUUGAGGAAUUACUUUAACCUUUUUGGUCAAACAACUGGAAAAGGAAAAAUUUCGCGCAGUGAAUUACCUGGUCGUCCACUUGAAUUGUUUAUGUGCUCGGUGCUAAGAAGACAGGGGUAUGGUGAGGGCUUCCGCUGGCUCGCUCAAUAUAUUGACUGAAUGCAUAUGAUAAUUUAAAUGCUCCAAUUCUCAGCAGUUUAUUACAUUUCCCCUUCACCAAUUCAUACUGGAUGCCAGUACUAAAGGUGAAUUAUCCUUUAUGUGAAUUGUGCAGUAGGAAAGGAAUACCAAGAUAUGAACUGCAGUAACAGAUUCAAAACAGUGCAAAUAAGUAAAGAAGACGAUAUCUUAAAAAUACGAUAUAAAUACGUGAUAGGACUAAUUUCUUUCAUUUUAAUGUGUGGAGCCUACAACACCAUUCUACAUGAAUUUCUUAAAUUCCAUACGAGUUCUGUGGAUUCCUAUCAUUUUGCAAAUCAUAUUAUGGAAGUACUUGACAUGCUGAAAAAUGAUAUAAACAUUUUGAUAAAUAAAAUAAUAAACUAUUUAAGAAU